GCCCACGCGCGCUAUGUCCGUUUGUCUGAGAGUACGCGUGUGGCUCAGCUCGAAUUCGUUCAUCCCCAUUUCUCGUACCUCAGCUGGCGAAUUCUGCACAUCAUGACUUCUAUGGACGUUGACGAACUCCCUGUCGUGUUGCCUUCCACCACAACUUCUACUCUCUCUUUAUCCCUUCAUCCGUUACCCAUCCUCAACAUCUCAGAGCAUCUGACCCGCCUGAAACUACAGACUAAGUCGAAUUCGCCUUUCGUUCUUGGCGCACUCCUGGGAACUCAAAACGGGCGUGAAGUCGAGAUAGUGAACACCUUUGAGCUCGCAGUUGGGGAGGAUGGUCUUACUGUAGACCAGGCGUUUCUGAUUGAUCGAAAAGAACAAUACAAACUGGUCUUUCCAUCGCUCGAGUUCAUCGGAUGGUAUACUGUAGCGCCUCGGCCCAACAUCCAGCACAUCGCCCUGCACGAACAGUUCGUGCCGUACAGCUCCACGCCACUGCUGGUGCUGCUGCAGCCAUCCACGGUCUUUGCGGCUUCAGAUAUAACAGGACAAGCGCUCCCUAUCAAAGCAUAUGAACCCACGUUUGAGAUCCGCGACAACAAGUCGCGCUCAGUAUUCAUCGAGGCACCGUUUACUGUUGAAACGGGCGAGGCGGAGCGUAUUGCGGUUGAUUGGACUGCGAAGGGUGGAGAAGGAGACAACAGCCUCGAGUCGCACCUGAAUUCGCAGCGUGCUGCAGUCAAGAUGCUACACGAUAGAAUAGUGUUGCUUGUGAAGUAUGUCAGUGACGUGCUUGCGGGCCAAGCCACCAAAGACCAUGCAACCCUACGCUCUCUUUCGGCCUUGGUCGCUUCGCUUCCUGCAAGUGAACACAAAGGUUUUCGGGAGGAAUUCGAUACAGAAUAUGAGGACGUUCAGCUGACUGCUUACCUAGCUGCGCUCACAAAGUCAACUAGCCUGCUCAACGACCUGAUAGACAAGCACAAUGUGUUGACCGCUACAAGGGAAGAGCGUGCUCCUGCAGGCCCGCGGAGGCGAGGAAUGGGUAUGGGUAUGGGUAUGGGCCUCGGUGGUAUAGGCAUGAUGGGAAUGAGGCCCUCCGAUUGGGGCGGCUUCCGUUGAUGUGACCUCGACAUUUGACCUCAAAUGAUUCGAUAUCCCAUGCACUCAGAUUUGACUCGCAAAAUGCCCCUGUCACCUGCUGUAUCAUUGUUCCCGUCCGUUCUCAGUCUGUGUACUAUUCUUGUCAAUGCAUGUGAUCUGAUCAUUCUCGCAAGUUAUAGAUGGGCGGUUCGCAUCGGCG